AUGCCUCAGAUCAAAGUUGGUGACUACCUGUUCCGCCGUCUCCAUGAGCUCGGCAUCCGCUCAGUCUUUGGCGUCCUUACUACCGCCAUGGGCAAAGGUGGUCUUGACGAAGCUAUCUCGCAGUUUGUAGGUGCCUACUCCGGCGCUGGCACUCUGUCCGCCGUCAAAGAGGCGCUUGAAUCUGUUGACAUGGUCAUCUGGAUCGGCAACUAUUCAUCUGACUUCAAUACCGGCGAAUUUACAACUUUUCUAAAUAAGGAUGCCAUUGUGAUUGACCUCCAAUGUUUCUCGGUCUCUGUUGACGUCACUUGGGAUCCAUAUCCAAAGUUCAAUUUCCAGGCUGGUGACGAGCUCAAGCAAGAUUUUCUCUGGGGCGCACUCAGCUCCUUCUUGCGCCCCGGGAAUGUAAUCAUUAGUGAGACCGGUACCUCAGCCUUCGGCCUGUGCGACACCAAGCUCCCUAGCGGAGUAAUGAUAUUCAGCCAGACCGUAUAUGGAAGCAUUGGGUAUGCUACUGGCGCCAUUGUUGGAGUUGGACAAGCUAUCAAGGAAAGCGGAGGGAAGUGGAAGAGGCCUGUCCUCAUCACUGGCGAGGGCUCCAUACACCUCACUAUUCAGGCACUGGCAUAUAUGCUGCGUUAG